AUUCAAUGUUUGGUAGUUAAUAACUAGCGCAUGCGCAGUAUAUGACCUUUAUGUCAUUGAAGUUUAAAAUUUUAUCAAACCUUAUAAUUUUUGAUUUUACGUAUAAAAAGCAGGCCAAAAACCUUGUCAAACUUAAAAUUAACCAUUAAUUAAGGCAUCAUGGCAGAAUUAAAGUCAAUUUCAGUACCCACAACCCCAUUUGAUGACCAAAAACCCGGCACUAGUGGGCUACGUAAGAAAGUUAAGGUAUUCCAACAAAAUCACUACACCGAAAAUUUCGUCCAAAGUAUUUUCAACGCUUUAGGCUGUAAGGUUAAAAACUCCGUAAUUGUAGUAGGAGGAGACGGUAGAUACUACUUAAAAGAAGCCAUCUCACACAUAAUUAAAAUAGCCGCAGCUAAUCAGGUCUCGAAACUUAUUAUCGGGCAAAACGGUAUUAUUUCCACUCCAGCUGUUUCAAGUCUUAUUAGAAGCAACAAAACAACAGGUGGAAUUGUUUUGACUGCCUCACAUAACCCAGGUGGCAUUAACAACGAUUUCGGUAUAAAAUACAAUUGUGAAAAUGGCGGACCCGCCCCUGAUAACGUUACAAACGAAAUAUUCGAACUUAGUAAAAAAAUUAAAGAGUUUAAAUAUGUACCUGAUCUAAAGACUUGUGGUUUAAUUGAGACCAUAGGAGUUACCACAUUUAAAGUUGAUGGAAGAGAUUUUGUGGUCGAAGUAAUCGAUUCUGUAGAAAACUACGUAAAUUUGAUGAAGGAUAUAUUCGAUUUUGGUAAAAUUAAAAAACUCGUAAACCAACCUUUCAACAUUUUAAUCGACUCUAUGCAUGGUGUAACUGGUAGAUACGUGGAAAGGAUUUUUGUUGAGGAAUUGGGGGCUGACGUCAAUAAAAAUGUCACCCAUACAGAAACUCUUGAAGAUUUUGGCGGGGAACACCCCGACCCUAACCUCACUUAUGCUAAAUCUUUGGUUGACAAGGUCAAAGCUGACACCUCGUAUGACCUUGGCGCAGCAUUUGACGGAGACGGUGAUAGAAACAUGAUUUUAGGAAAAAACGCAUUUUUCGUAACACCAAGCGAUAGCUUGGCAGUUAUAGCAAAUAACUUGGAGUGCAUUCCGUAUUUUAAGAAGAACGGUGUAAAAGGUUUUGCCCGCAGUAUGCCAACAGCAGGUGCUGUAGAUAGAGUUGCCCAAAAGUUGGGAAAAGAAUUUUUCGAAACCCCUACUGGUUGGAAAUAUUUCGGCAAUCUGAUGGACGCUGAACGGUUGUCUCUUUGCGGAGAAGAAUCCUUUGGAACUGGUUCCGACCAUAUAAGAGAAAAAGACGGUAUCUGGGCUGUUUUGGCGUGGCUACAAAUAAUAGAGCACAAAAAUAUGUCGGUGGAGGAAAUUUUGAAUGAGCAUUGGUGCCAGUAUGGCAGAAAUUUCUUCACUAGAUACGACUAUGAGGAAUGUGAAGGCAAGGGAGCGAACGACAUGAUGGCAACACUGGAAAGUAUGUUGACAUCAAGUGGUUUUGUUGGUAGGGAGUUUAGUUCUCUGGGAAAGACCUACAAGGUCAAAGUGGGAGAUAAUUUUUCGUAUGUUGACCCUAUUGAUAAGAGUGUGGCCAAAAACCAGGGAUUAAGAGUUUUAUUUGAAGAUGGCUCCCGUUUAGUCUUUAGACUUUCCGGUACAGGUAGUAGUGGAGCCACUGUAAGAUUAUAUGUGGAUAGUUACGAGCAAUCAAACUUCAAAAAUGAUGCCCAGGAUAUCCUUAAACCCCUGGUAAAUAUUGCGCUGGAAAUGUCGCAGUUACAAAAAUUCACUGGUAGAGAUGCCCCUACAGUAAUCACAUAAGUGUUUUCGCGUUAAAAACGAAAUUCACGUCUUUUUGAUAUAAUUAUAUAUUUUUUUGUUU